CCUCAUAUAGAAAUUGGUCUUAUUUUCUUAUUAUAAAAUCCAAAUAUUUAAUAAUGCUUCAUUUAGUUGAUAAGAUCAUUCUUUUUUUUAUAAAUGUUAUGUUUUAUUUAAGUAGCAGCGAAGGAAAAACAAAUCUGCAAGAAAUUGUGUCUGUGUCGGCAGUACUAGCAUUCGGGGACUCCUUCGUUGAUCAAGGGAAUAACAACUACGAUGCAAAUUCUGGCAAGGCAAACUAUGCCCCAUAUGGAAAGGAUCUUGUGGGUGGAAUUCCAACCGGAAGGUUCUCCAAUGGGAAAACACUACCUGACUUUUUUGCGGAGGGAUUAGGAGUGAAGGCGUAUUUGCCAGCAUAUCUUAACCCUUUCCUACAAGAUGAUGAUCUUCUAACCGGUGUAAGUUUUGCUUCCGGUGGAAGUGGGUAUGAUCCGAUAACAAAUAAAUUUAUGUCCGCUAUACCACUAUCAGAACAAUUAAAUAUGUUCAAACAAUAUAUUGGAAAGCUUGAGACAAAAGUCGGGGAAGAAGUUGCGAAUGAUAUAAUAACCAACAGCGUAUUUUUGGUAGUGGCGAGUACCAACGAUCUCAUAAUAACCCUUCCAAAAAUAGGCAUACAAGAUGCUACUCAAUAUGAUAACAUGCUCGCAAACAUGACCAUUAGUUUUGUGCAGGAACUAUAUAAUCUAGGAGCACGAAGGAUAGCUGUAUUUAGUGCACCACCAGUGGGCUGUUCUCCUGCUCAGAGAACAUUAUUUGGCGGUAUACUUAGAAUGUGUGCUGAGAAGUUAAAUGAAGCAGCACAUUUGUAUAACACCAUCCUCAAACAACAACUUCCUACUAUUGCAAGUCGUCUUCCUCAUUCAAGGGUUGCCUUUGUUGAUUUCUACAAUCCAUUAAUACACAUCAUUGAUAACCCUAAGAAAUACGGUUUGGAAGUUGUAAAUAGAAGCUGUUGUGGAACCGGAUUGAUAGAGGUGAAUUAUAUGUGCAUCAAACAUAGCCGGACUUGCCAAGAUGACUCUAAAUUCCUCUUUUGGGAUAAUAUCCACCUAUCAGAGAUUGGAUGCAACAUCUUUGUUAAUCAGAGUCUACCAGGUUUGAUGGAUAGUUUGUUAUAGUAUAAUCAAGAUCCACUGGUGUGAGAAAUUGCUACUAUUGAGAUAAUGCACCAUGUUUUUAUAAUUAAAUAAAGAAAUUCACAUGUGUUUGUGUG